AUGAGGCUACAGCCUUCUAAGCCUCAGUUGAAGAGUGUGGUAAGACAGGCAUACAGAAAUUUUCUUCCCCUCUUUGACCAAGUAUUGGUUGAAAAGAACACUGUGGAAACUGUAACCAAAGGAGGCAUUAUGCUUCCAGAAAAAUCUCAAAGAAACGUAUUGCAAGCGACAGUAGUAGCUGUUGACCUGGGCUCCAAAGGAAGGGGUGGAGAGAUUCAGCCCGUUAGAGUAGAAGUUGGUGAGAAAGUUCUUCCAGAAUGUGGAGGAACCAAAGUAGUUCUAAAGGGCAAGGAUUAUUUCUUAUUUAGAGAUGGGGACAUUCUUGGAAAGUAUGUAGACUGA